GCUGGUGGCGAACAGUUCUGCUAGCUCAUCAGUAACAGUGGUCGUCUUAUCGGAAGCGAAGGAGUCAUCUUCCACCAGCAACCGCAAGAUCGGUUCAUCCAACCAUGAAUUCCAACAUUACUGGAUUCAAACGACAAAGGAACUCUGAGGAUGAGAGUUUGCCACUCGGAAAACGCCAAUUAGAUGGCAUUCCUUGCAUGAAGGUAUUGCUAGUGGAUGGAGAGACUGCAUCCAGGGUCUGGAUGCAAGGAAUGCUAGCAUCACUAGGCAUUGAGACAGUCCCUGUGUAUAGUGCUCAACAUGCAAUAAUAGAAUUGGAGACUCAUGAUCAUCGUGGACACUUUGACUUCAUGUUCAUUGAUUGGUCUAUUAAGAAUGCACUUGAGCUGGUGAAGUGGAUGCAUUCCAGGGCGGUACCGAGCAAGAUCGUGGGUAUGUACACUAAUGAUGACACAGAGAGAAAGCGCCAGUUUUAUAAUGCUGGAGCUACUCUUUGUGUUAAGAAAUCUAUGGACCCAGCAUCUGUAAGCCACACCAUUGCACAUCUUCGCAACAUGUGAAGAUAAUUAAAGCCCUUUUGAUAUUGUUUCUUAUUAUGAAUAGUGAUGCAGGUUGUUGUUUGGUUUAGUUUUGUGACUGUCAGUUAAGUUUUUCAGGAGAGGUCUAGACUCUUUUAUUUUAGUUCAAGUAGUGACAAAUAAAGUGCUAUAUGCAUCGUGACUCUCUUAUUUUAGUUCAAGUGACAAAUAAACUUGCGACUUGCAAUGAGAAA